GAGAGCGAGAGAGAGAUCAGGAUCAAAGGAAAAGAAAUCGAGACUCAUCAGACCAGGCAACAUUUUUCCAGUCUUCACCUGUCCAAUUUUGGUUAUAAGAGAGCGUGGAUCAGGAUGAGUGAGCAGUUUAGCUGUGAGAACUGUAAGGAGUCUCUGUACGGGAGGAAGUACAUCCAGGUGGACGACGUCCCUCACUGUGUUCCCUGUUACGAUCGUCUCUACGCCAACAUCUGCCAGGGCUGCAAAGAGCUCAUCGGACAUAACUCACAGGAGUUGUACUACGAUGACCACCACUACCAUGAGGAAUGUUUCCGCUGCUCCCGCUGCAAUCGCUCGCUUGCAGACGAACCUUUCACCUGCCAGGACGAAGCUCUCCUGUGUAACGACUGCUACUGCAGCGAGUUCUCCUCCAAAUGUGUUUCCUGCAACAAGACCUUCAUGCCAGGAUCGAGGAAGUUGGAGUACGGUGGCUCUACCUGGCACGAGGAGUGUUUUGUGUGCUGUGGGUGUCAUCAGUCUCUGGGCUCUCAGUCUUUUAUCCCCGAUAAGGACAAGUAUUACUGCGUGCCCUGCUACGAGAAACGCUUCGCCCCCCGCUGCAGCCACUGCAAACAGAUCCUGGCGCAGGGCGGGGUGACGUACCGGGACGAGCCGUGGCACAGGGAGUGUUUCCUGUGCUCGGGCUGUAAGGUGCAGCUGGCCGGUCAGCCCUUCACCUCUCAGGGUGAAAAACCGUACUGCGUGAAGUGCUUCAGCUGCCUGUAUGCACAGAAAUGCACCGGCUGCAACAAGGCCAUCACAGGUUUUGGUGAUGGGAAGUACGUUUCCUUCGAGGAACGUCAGUGGCAUCAGUCGUGCUUUAAGUGCUCCGGAUGCUCUGCCUCUCUGGUCGGAGCUGGAUUUUUCCCCAACGGCUCGAAGAUCCUUUGCAAAGAUUGCAACAACUGAAGCAAAAAUAUUAUGUGUGUGUGUGUGUGUGUGUGUGUGUGUGUGUGUGUGUGUGAGAGAGAGAAACACUGAUCCAGAAUCAGAGGUUGGAGAUAUAUCAGAUGAAAGGUUUUGUUUCAUAUAACUGUGUGUGUGUGUGCGUGUGCGUGUGUGUGUGUGUGAUAAUCUGUUUAUUAUCUAUAUAAUUGUUUACAGUUUCUACAAUCCAAAUUUUAAAAACUUACCAAAAACUUCUCAAUUAACCGAUAUAAUCUGAUCUGGGGGCGUGGCUAUCCUCUGGAUAUAGCGAUGUCACAAAAUAAAUUAGGCCAAUCACGUGUAAUAUGCAAAUUACCAAAGAAUAGUGAGAUUGUGAGCAAGUUUUAAUAUAGCAAUAGAAAAGGUGUGCUGGCUCGGUAGCUGAAUAUAUAUUUUUUAUUUUAUUUUUUUAUUAAAAAUAUAAACAAAAGCAUGGUUGUCAUAGUAACAGGAUAUUUGCUAAGUAAUACAUCACUCUUACGAAGAGAUACCUACCUGGGUAGCAUUUUCAAAUGUGUAUGUUUUAGCAUGAGAAUUACAUUUUAUUAAAA